AUGGCCUCCUCCUCGAGUUCUCUCGAUGGAGAUCCACAACCAAAAAUAUCAUCUGUCUUGAACUCACUCUCUCCACCAUCCCCAUCCGAUGGUGCUCUCUUCGUUAUUUCUUUGUUUCAUAGGAAAGAAGAACAGAACAACAGGAAAAACUAUUCUUACUUCUUAAAAGUUUCAUAUGAAACUCUUUCAAAAGCAACCGAUAGUUUCUCUUCUGCAAAUUUGGUUGGUGUUGGUAGUUUCGGGUCUGUGUAUAAAGCUGUUCUUGUCAUGCCAUCCCAUAAAGCUCAACUUGUUGCUGUGAAGGUGUUUAACAUGUUACGCUGGGGAGCUUCUAAUAGUUUUAUAGCCGAAUGUGAGAUGUUUAGAAAUAUCUGGCAUCGCAACAUCGUUAAGAUUGUAACAUCAUGUUCAAGUGUUGAUUUUAGUGGUAAUGAUUUCAAAGCUCUGGUUUAUGAGUUCAUGGAGAAUGGAAGCUUGGAAGAGUGGUUGCAUCCAACAUUUGGAACACAAAAUCCGGCCAAGAAUUUAAAUCUUCUUGAGAGGCUAGACAUCGCUAUUGAUGUUGCUUGUGCACUGGAUUAUCUCCACAAUCAUUGUAAAACACCGAUAGUUCAUUGUGAUCUCAAGCUGAGCAAUGUUCUUUUGGAUAACGAGUUGACUGGACAUCUUUCUGAUUUUGGAUUGGCGAGAUUUCUCUCGAAAACAAAUAACGUUGCUGCAAAUCAAUCGAGUUCAAGGGGGUCUGUUGGUUAUGUUGCGCCAGAGUACAAAAAGGGAAGUGAGGCAUCAACAUAUGGGGAUGUCUAUAGCUUUGGCAUUCUAUUGUUAGAGAUGUUUACAGGAAAGAAGCCCAGUGACCACAUGUUUCGUGACGACUUGAACCUUCAUACUUUCGUGAAGAUGGCUUACUUUGAGCGAGCUAUAGAGAUUGCAGAUUCAAGACUAUUUCUUCAAGAAGACAACCAUAAUACUACCACCAAGUACUGUGAGAGAUUCUCAUCGGAAAUUGAGGAAUGCUUGUGUUGGAUAUUUGGAAUUGGAAUUGUGUGUUCUAGCAAGUCUCCAAGAGAGAGAAUGGAUAUGGGUUAUGUGGUAACUAAAUUGCAAUACAUUAGAAACAUUCUGAACGCACUACAUGGUUGUGCAAGGUCGAAUUGCAACUGCAUGGUUUGUCGACGCAAGAUGAACGAACUAGCCGCACGGGCACAAAAUCGUCUCAAACUUUUUUUUCUUUGA